UCCAUGGUGGUUUAGGGUUUAAGGCGCGGCUAUGAACGUUUCCAGAGCAAUGGCACCGGCGGGCCUUUGCUCGCGUCUCUCGCUCGUCUCCGCCAGCAGCCGCUCGUGGCAAUGUAGGGCAAUCACCACGCAAGGUAUGCUUCUUCGCAAAACUAGAGCGCCGCGAGCUGGAGCUCCGGCAUUUGGACGGAGCAGCAGCAGCACGGCAGGAAUGCCGGCAUUGUUUGGGGCGUCGCGAUUCCUCCCAACGGCGCUUGGGAUUCUUUCCACAAGAUGCUACACUCCUGGGAAAUCAGCAGCGGUCUCCACCGAGGAGGAGGAUGCCGAGGAUGGGUUGAUGUCGCUCAAGGAGCGCGUCAAAGGGAAGGACGGCGAGAUAGAAGCGCUCAACAAGUCGCUCAAAGGCGAGGAGGAGAAGACCAAGUCGCUCAAGCUGGAGAAUAUGAAGAUGGCGAGAGAGAUGGACAAGAUCAAUAGCUCCACAGGCCGGGGGGCGUCGGCUGGCCAGCGCGGCAAGCUCUCUGCAAAGGCCGCUGCUGCUGCUAUGGAGUCGGACGAUGAAAGCGAUUUCUCGGAGCUCGAUGACUCUGAGAUUGAGGACGCUCUUGGGGCUUCUACCGAGUCGGAGGUGGAGGAGGAUGUGGCGUCCGACUCGGAGCUCGAGAAGGAGUUUAAGAAGCUGGAGUCCGGGUCGGACUCGGACUUUGAUGUUAGAGCCGAGAAUGGGAAGGAGGUGUCCGACUUGAGCGACAGUGAGAUCGAAGACGUGUUGGCAUCGAAGCAGAGAGUUGUUGGUCACAGGCAAACGCUGGACUCGUCCAUUGGUGGGGAGGUGAUGGACGCCUGGAGGAAGUUCGUUGCGCUGCUCAAGCAGAAGAAUUACUUCAAGCUUAAUGCCGAGGAGCUUGUGAAGGGUGAGGCGGCUUAUGAAAGCUUCUCAAACAUCGCAGAGGCUUUCAAGCGUUUCAGCACCGAGAGGGACGACAUCCUCAAAAUGCUUCCAAUGGGCGACUUGAAAGUUUUGGCCAGUCAUCCUUGUCCGACUACACUUCGUAAGGCUGUCAACUCUGGAAAGAGGUUGCGAGGAUUUUGUAACGUCGAGGAAGCAGAAGUUUGCAAGUCUUGCUCUAAGAAAGACGACUGCAGUCGUGCGUACUUGCCUCCAGACUCGACGGCUUCAACCAGUGAUGCUCUACAGUAUCUUUUCCAGUUUGUGGUGUGUACGUCCGAGGGUUCGGAUUUCCCUGAAAAAACCAAGACUGCUGUGAAGAACAUCUUGAGGCAGCUUACCAGUCUAGGUGCCGUCUCUCGGGAUCCUACACUGCCUCGUGACCGUCAGGAAGUGAUUGCAAAACCGAAAACUAGCCGUCCACAAAACGAGAACUAUGAAAUGAAACCUGGAGACUGGAAAUGCGUCGAGUGUGAUUACAUCAAUUUUUGUAGGAAUAGGCAUUGCCGAGAGUGUCAUACACCACGUCCGCCACAAGAUCUCCGUCCCGGAGAUUGGGAAUGUCCAGAGUGCCGGUUCGUGAACUUUGCAAGAAAUGAAGAAUGCCACGACUGCAAAGCCGAGCGGCCUGACACAGUCAAGGUGUUCCACACAAUAAAAGGAACCAAAGAGAAGUGGGAGGGCAGUCCAGAAGAUUUUGCCCGGCAGCACACACACCUCGAGAGGAAAGCCAAACAAGCGCAAGGCAAGUACAGUGAUGGUCUCAGCGACUCCGAUGAUGACUUCAAAGUUGCGCCUAAGCGAACAACUUCCCUUCAAAACCGGAGAAUGGCGUCCGAGUCCGAGAGUGACUUAGAUGAGGACUCCGACGACAAGGACUUCGACGUAGGGUCCAGGAAAAAUUUAGGCAAGAAGCAGAGCAAAAAUGAUGCAUGGAACGACGACUCCGACGACGAUGACGACUUUACGUCCUCCAAACGUGGUGGUGGCCAGAUGAGAGGUAGAGGGCGAGGAGCAGGAUUUGCAUCCAGGGCGUCCUCACUUAGAGAAGACGACGGUGGGGGACGAGGCCGGAGUUUUACUAGCGGACGGGGAAGGGGUGGUCGUGCGAGUUUUGCCAAGGACAGCGAAGACGACCUUGAUGACAGUUUGGACGACAGUGACGACGAUGACAUGCCUCGCAGGGGUGCUCGUGGAGGACGUGGUGGUAGCUUCACCACCCGAGGUGGUCGAGGAGCAAGAGGCAGAGGUGGUGGCCGGUUUGACAGUGAAGACGACAGCAUGGACGAUCUCAGUGAUGACGACGACGACUUUGGAAGCUCCCGUGGUGGUCGUGGUCGAGGAGCCAGAGGAAGAGGCCGUGGUGGACUCCGUUCGCGACUUGACGACGACCUCGACGACGACAGCGACGACGUGAGCGAAGACGACCGUUUUUCGAGAGGAGGCCGUGGCGGCCGAGGAGGAGCUCGCGGAGCAUUAGGAAGAGGCAGCCGGUUUGGCCAUAAGAAGUUUGACGCCAGCGACGACGCUUCCGACUUGGACAGCGACGAUUUCCUGAGCGAGGAUGACGAGCCUCGUUUCGGUCGUGGUCGGGGCCGCGGACGAGGAGGAGGUGGCCGAGGCAGAUACGGCAAUGGCGACGACUUUAGCGACGAGAGUGAUGACGACGGUGGAGGUGGCGGCCGGUUUGGAGGCCGUGGUCGUGGCGGGGGCCGGUUUGGAAGCCGAGGUGGAGGAUACGGCGGCCGUGGUGGAGGAUAUGGCGACCGAGAUGACUUCCGGGGUGGACGAGGGGGCUACGGUGACCGGGAUGACUUCCGGGGCGGACGAGGUGGCUAUGGCGACCGCGACGGUGGCUUCCGAGGUGGAAGAGGUGGAUACGGUGACCGUGACGGCGGUGGCUUCCGCGGUGGACGUGGUGGCUUUGGAGACCGUGAUGACUUCCGAGGUGGGCGCGGCGGACGAGGCGGAUAUGGUGACCGAGAUGACUUCCGGAGUGGUGGUGGCUUUCGUGGAGGCCGAGGUGGCCGCGGCGGCUUUGGAGACCGAGAUGACUUCCGGGGUGGGGGUGGCUUCCGGGACCGAGAUGACUUUGGCGGCGGCCGUGGAGGAGGAGGAGGCUUCCGUGGUGGCGGCCGCGGUGGAUUCCGGGGGAGAGGAGGAUCCGGCUUUAGAGGCCAGGACUACUGAAGAGAAGAAGGCGAUGGCGUUGGUGCGUAAGUUUCUAUAGAGUUUUUCGUUUGACGAUCUCUACAUGAGAGAAGAGAAGUAUGAAUAUUUCUCUUAUAUUCCUUGUCAAAGCACGAAAAAACAACAGAACCUAGCAGGAUUCGAACAUGGGAAGGUUUCCUCCUAUAUUAAA